AUGGCAUGCAGCCAAAAGCUUCGCCCAACGUAUAUGACUUCUAAUUUCACCAUAAAUACACAAGCACCAAGAACAACACACAGUUCAAAAGAGUUACUUGGGAUUAGUUUAAGUUUUGGAGAGAUGGGUCUGGUCAUGAGGUUUGAUGCUUACUUGAUGAUUGUGAUAUUAAUGGGUUUGGAGUAUGCAAUAGGCUUAUCAAAUGGGUACAAGUUCAAUGUUGGUGGGAGAGAUGGUUGGAUCCUUGCUUCUUCCGAGGACUAUUCUCAUUGGUCUCACAGAAACCGGUUUCAAGUCAAUGACACUCUUUAUUUUAAGUACGCUAAAGGAAAAGAUUCAGUGUUGGAGGUGAGUGAAGAAGAGUACAACACAUGCAACACAACUAACCCCAUAACCUCCCUAGGAGAAUCUCUCUUUGUGCUUAGCCGCUCAGGUUCGUUCUUUUUCAUUAGCGGCGACUCGGAAAAGUGUCUCAAAGGCCAGAAGCUAGCUGUCAAGGUCAUGUCCACCAUCCAUCACAGUCACAGUCCUCGUCAGCCAUCUCCCUCUCUCCUGUCCAUCAGGCUUUGUUGUCUCCAGGGCCUUCUCCACAGGAUUGGUUUUUUCUGA